AUGUCGCGAAAAAUAGCGAUCGUUGAUCAUUACAUUGGAAAAAUCGUCGCUGCUUUGAAAGAAAAAGGAUUUUGGUCGAAUACCAUUUUGGUCGUCACUUCUGAUAACGGCGGGCAGACGAAAGAAGGAGCGUCGAACUGGCCCCUCCGUGGGAGCAAAGGGAAUGUCUUUGAAGGAGGGAUAAAAGCAAGAGCGUUUAUUCACAGUCCGAUUUUGCCGAAAAAGUUGGUGGGAAAAAACUUUCCGUAUGUGAUGCACGUGACUGAUUGGUACCCGACUCUGCUGAGAUUUUCAGGAUGUUCAGUUCCCGAUAAAACCCUCCCACUUGAUGGCGCUGCUCAAGAUAUUUUCCACCUCGAGCCGAAGCUCAAAAGAUCUCACAUCCUCCACUUCAUGGACCCCCUCAAAGUCGAACGAAGAGAUGUUGAUGUGAGACCAUUUCAAGUUCUGAAAAACAGGACCUUCGAUGUGACCGUCAAGGCCGCGAUCAGAUCUGAAAGUUGGAAGCUGAUCACGGGCCGCCCUUGUCACUCGGGCUGCUCGUUUUCCGGGGAAAAGAAUGAGAAAUACAUCAUGGAAAGAAAGCCGCUGGAGGAGGUGGAGCCCGAUAAACUUGUCCGUCUGUACGAUAUGGAGAAUGAUCCUUUCGAAAACCAUGAUGUUUCUGACUUCCAUCCCGAGCUUGUUGAUAAGUUUCUGCUAAAACUUGCUGAUUAUUACGACGAUCAAACAAAGCCUCAGCAUGAAAACCCCGACGAAAACGCCAACCCAAAAGAUGGCGUCUGGCGUCCUUGGCGACAAAACGACCACUUUGUCUAUCAACCAUUUGUAGGGACGAAACAGCAGGCAAACUACAUGAAAGGAACGAAAAGCUACAAAGAAAAUUUUAUCAGUAAUUCUGCAGAUUCCUUCAAGAUUUAUGCCGAUAAACUUGAUCAUUUUGAAAUUAUCUCUGAUGAUGCCUAA